UGGGUGGAGGUAGGAGAAAAAAAGGAGAUGACCAAAGCAAAGGGAAGUGGGGCUGUGGGGACCUUGGAGCUUGUCUGCAGCAGGCUGGGUGCUGCGUGUUAUGAAUUAAAUACAGAGAGAUUGAUGAGUUGUCCGUGGGAGCCCUUUAGGUAAAUAUUAGCCGAGCUAUGGAUCUACGCAGUCCAUUUCUUUAAAAUCAAUUUGCAUUUCGUCGGGGAUUUAAAUGACGCCGCGGCUGCUUCAAACACCAGACGGAUUGCACAAAUCCUGCUCUGCACUGCUGGCACCUUUGGAAUCCUUUGUGCAAAGCACCUGGGACGGUCCAGCCCCAGCACCUCGUGGCCACCACUUAUCACAGGGGAGAUUGCAGGCUGUGACGGCCGCUGUGUCGGUGACCCUGGCAGGAAGAGAUUCCCAGCUCCAGAAGCCGCUGCCUCCAAAGGGGGUUUCCAUCCCUCCCAUGAAGCAAAGCCCCAGCAAGGGCUGUUUGCACCGUCCCAGUAACCUCUUGGAGCGCAAGAGUGAGGUUAGGUGGUUGUCCUGUCUGCCUGGGGUUCCCCAAGGGUGGCAGGAAUAGGGAUGCUCCGGAUGAGCCCAUCAACCCACGCUGGGGUGUGAGGGGGCUCUGCUUUGUGCCCACUGGCACAGCGCAGGCUCCCAACCCCUCUCCCCCUUGGUGUCCCCCUGACAAGCAGCACGUUGACCUUGGUUGGGGCCUCUGGGCAGCCCCGGCAGCACAAACAGCACUUUGCAGCGGCGGUAAAUCAUUGAUAGAUGAGUGAUGGAUACAUGGGGCCACGGCCAAGCUUCUCGCUUCCUCAGGCUCCCCAGGGUGCUUGGUCCAUGGGGCUGGCGUAGCAGGGGGGGACGGGUGUCCUGGGCUGGCUUUUUGCUGCUCCAAUCUGUCUAUUUAUGAAGAAUGAAGCCAGAAUCUUGCAAAGAGGUUCCUGCCUGUGGCCCUGGCUGCCAACCCACCCUAGGGAUACAGAGAGCAUCCCCUACCUUGCAGUGCAGCCUGAAACCUGCACUGCCAACAGGCAGAAAUGGGUUGGUUUAAACCACGCUGUGCAAAGAAAAGCAUCUCCCCAGAGCGCUGGGGCAGCCCCGGGGCUGGAGGUAAUGUUGACUCAUGCGACUGAGCCUUUUGUGCCCUCCUGCAUUGAAGUUAGGGCUGGUUUAAGUAUAUUUAUUGCGAGAGCUUAAUCUAACAGUUGGCUUAGGGCAUGAGGGUGCAGCUGGAGUCAUUCUGUUGGAGCACCUCCAGUUCCCCCAGUGGGAAUGGGAGGUUGGUCCAUGACCUCUCGUGCUCAGUUUGUUCCUGAUAUCGCUACAGUUUGUGCAGCGACAGGGUAAAUCCAACCCUGUUCUCCAGCCCCGCUCUCUGCUGGCUCCUUUUCCCAGCUUUAUCUUGGAGCAAAGCUUUCCCUUUCCGCCUGCUCCCGGAUCAGGUUGUCAGAGGAACGCGCAGCUUUGUAACUCCAGUCCUGGUGGUUCAUUGGCUUCUGCAAGCUCAUAAUCAAAACCUGCUGGCCCAGGACUGCGGUGGAAAGUACACGGAUGCCGGGAUGGCACCCGCGGGGACCGAGGCCACCCCGGCCCGCUGGUGAGGUGCCAGCCGCCCGCCCCGAGCUCCAAGUCCGGACCACGAUGAACAAACUGACCUUCCACAACAAUAGAGUCAUGCAGGACCGCCGCAGCGUUUGCAUCUUCCUCCCCAACGAUGACUCCCUCAACAUCAUCAUCAACGUGAAGAUUUUGUGCCACGAGUUACUGGUACAGGUGUGUGACCUCCUGAGGCUGAAGGACUGUCACCUCUUCGGGCUCAGCGUCAUCCAGAACAAUGAGCAUGUGUACAUGGACCUGGCCCAGAAACUCUACAAGUACUGCCCCAAGGAGUGGAAGAAGGAGGCCAGCAAGGUCAGCGGUGAGGUCUUGCAUGGAGAGAUGACGGCAGUAAGGCCACCUCUAUCCCCAUCGCAGGGGAUCGACCAGUUUGGCCCUCCAAUGAUCAUCCACUUCCGAGUGCAGUACUACGUGGAGAACGGCAGGUUGAUCAGUGACCGAACGGCGCGCUAUUAUUACUACUGGCACCUGCGGAAGCAAGUGCUGCACUCGCAGUGUGUCCUUCGCGAGGAAGCUUAUUUCCUCCUCACGGCCUUCGCCCUCCAAGCUGACCUGGGUGACUUCAAGCGCAACAAGCACUACGGGAAGUAUUUCGAGCCCGAAGCCUAUUUCCCUGCCUGGGUGGUUGCAAAGAGGGGCAAGGACUACAUCCUGAAGCAUGUCCCCAACAUGCACAAGGACCAGUUUGCCCUCACGGCCUCGGAAGCCCACCUCAAGUACAUCAAGGAGGCCGUCCGGCUGGAUGACGUGGCUGUGCACUACUACAGGUUGUACAAGGACAAAAGGGAGGUGGAGGCUUCCCUGACACUGGGGCUGACGACACGGGGCAUCCAGAUCUUCCAGAACUUGGAUGAAGAAAAGCAGCUGCUCUACGACUUCCCUUGGACAAACGUGGGGAAACUGGUGUUCGUGGGCAAGAAGUUUGAGAUCCUGCCCGAUGGGCUGCCCUCGGCCAGGAAGCUCAUCUACUACACGGGCUGUCCGCUGCGCUCCCGCCACCUCCUGCAGCUGCUCAGCAGCAGCCACCGGCUCUACAUGAACCUGCAGCCCAUCCUGCGCCAGGUCCGGAAGCUGGAGGAGAAUGAGGAGAAGAAGCAGUACCGUGAGUCCUACAUCAGCGACACCCUCGACCUGGACAUGGAGCAGCUGGAGAAGCGCUCUCGGGCCAGUGGCAGCAGUGCCGGCAGCAUCCGGCACAAGCGCCUGUCCCGGCACUCCACCGCUAGCCACAGCAGCUCCCACACCUCCGGCAUUGAGGCUGAUCCCAAACCCAGGGAGAUGGGGCCCGAGGAUGGCUUCUCAGGCGCCAGUGCCCACCGCAAACUGAAGACCUGCAGCUCCAUGACCAGCCACGGCAGCUCCCACACCUCCGGCGUGGAGAGCGGUGGGAAGGACCGCCUGGAGGAGGACUCCCAGGAUGAUGAAAUUGAGAUGCUGGUGGAUGACCCCCGGGAGCUGGAGCAGGCUGGUGAGAUGGAGGUGAGCCCCGACAUGUGUGUCUACAUCACGGAGGACAUGCUGCUGUCACGCAAGUUCAACGGGCACUCAGGGCUUAUCGUGAAAGAGAUUAGCUCCUCCACGUCCAGCUCCUCGGAGACGGUGGUGAAGCUGCGGGGACAGAGCACUGACUCCUUACCCCAGACAACGUGCAGGAAACCGAAGACAUCAACGGACCGGCACAGCCUGAGCCUGGAUGACAUUCGGCUCUACCAGAAGGACUUCUUGCAGUUGGCCAACCUCUGCCAGGAUACGGCACAGAGUUACACCUUUGGCUGCCCUCACGGGCUGGAGGAGGAAGGGCUCUACUGCAACGGCUGCUUGGCCCAGCAAUGCAUCAACAUCCAGGACACCUUCCCUGUCAAAAGAACCAGCAAAUACUUCUCUUUGGACCUCACCCACGACGAAGUCCCCGAGUUCGUUGUCUGAGCGCCACGGGGGGCAGGACUGGCUGCCCACCCUUGGUGGGGAAAGCUGGGGCUCCCUGCCCUAUGCUGGGGGCCAUCAAUGCCUCCUUCCCUCACACCACUCCCUGCAAACCGAAGCAGUGUAAACCACUGCACUUGGAGGAUCACCCCAAUGGCAGGUGGGAUGGGGAGUCCUGGUCCCCCAGCAUCCUUUCUCCUCUGGAUGAGUUUGUGCGAAACACAAGUUGUCUUAUUUCGACUGGGAGAAGCACAAAUCGUUUGAUCUAGCAGAAGCCAACCCGUUUUCUCAUUGCCUUUUGGCUAGUUGGCUUCUUCUCCUUCUUGCCCCCAUCCUCCUGGUGGCUCCGAUGGUUGCUUGGUGACAACCGAUGCCAGAGAGAAAGUGCCAGACUCUGUUCAAGUCAAGCCAAAGAGAUGUAAAUACCCUGAAGGCCAGUAUGGGAAGGGAGAAUUAAGCAAUAACCAGCCUGGGAUCUCUGUGCCCCUGGAGAAGGGCACAGACAGCGGUUGCUGGAGCUGAGCAUCAACCCAGUUCUUCCAAAACCACGUGCUGGAGGUCAGGCUGGAGCUGUCCCAGCGUGGGACCCAUUUGCAGCUUGGUUUUUUUAAUUCUUUAUUUUGUUUUUCUUUGAGAAAAAAAAACUCACCCAAGAAAACCCAAAGUAAAGGAGAAUGGAAAAGAAUAGGUCACCUGUAUGGAUAUUGCAAUAAUGCAUCCCAAAUGUUGAAUAUAUAGAGAUUACAUAUAUAAAUAUAUCAAGGUAUGUAUGUUUAUAUAUGUCUGGAUCUUAUAGACCCAGUUGUGUUUUACUUCUGCUCUAAAAUGCCUUUUAUACAAAGGAUCUGCCUCUCUUCUUUAAGGAACCGUAUAAAAAAAAUCCUAUUUUUUCUAAGCACUAAGGUGAGAAACCAGACUUUCCUCUCGAGAAGAAGAUGGAUGCAACCACGUCCUACACGUGGCUCUUCCCGGCGCACUCUCCGUUGUGUUUUACCAAGGCUUCUCAUGCGUCUUCAAGUCUCUUACAGCUUGAAUAGUUCUGCUAAAAGCUGAUGGUGAUGGAAAAACAAGGAUGGCUUCUGAGAGUGUCCCAAGGGAAGCUCACCUGCCGAGGUGUGAUAUCUGCCAUCAGGACAGGAGCGUAAAGCAUUCCAGCAGCGAAUAUUCACAGCACAAAUGCCUUUUUAGUCAAUAUUUUUAAUUAGAGUUCAGCGAUCGACAGCCAAAGGUUUGCCGUAUUUUGAUAUUCCACCUUUUUUUUUUUAAACUGGAACCUUUUCUUAAGAAGAAGAAUUAUUUUAUAACUAAGCACAAUCUUAUUUUUAUAAGAAACGUUUGCAGAGGAAGCCAAGAAAGGGGAGCUGGUACCAAAGGAAAUGGAGCAAAGCUAUUGCCACGAUGUGAAGAAAUGGAUGUUACCGUGGUUGGGGAGCUGGUAGGGGAGAGCAUCAGGCGCUGAUGUGGCUCCACACUGUGGGAUAGUGGCAUUGGCACAACCCGUCCCCACCCCAGAGCUUGAUAUUGCCAGGCAUGAGGAAUAUUAUGGGAAAAUAGUCAUAGAAUUAUGGACUAGUUUGGGUUGGAAGGGAUCUCAAAGUCCAUCCAGUUCCAACCCCGUGCCAUGGGCAGGGACACCUCCCAUGGGACCAGGUUGCCCCAUCCAACCUGGCCUUGAACCCCUCCAGAGAUGGGGCAGCCACCACUGCUCUGGGCAACCUGGGCCAGGGCCUCCCCACCCUCAGCGUGAAGAAUUUCUUCCCAAUGUCUAAUCUAAACCUCUCCCCUCCAAUUUAAAUUCAAUUUGGCAGCCAGAUGCUGGCAGGGUCACCUGGAGGCUGGUGGCCCCCCUAAAGCCUCCCUUUAUCUCCCCCAGCAUCAGCCAGGGCAGCUGUGCAGGCAGGUCGGUGCGCCCUGUUCUGCUUUUGGGGGGACCCCAGCAAGCACCUCAAAGGCUUCACUUGUGGGCACCGUGUCCAAUGUUGGGAUUUUCCAGCAGCAGCACUUGUGGGCACCACGUCCAAAGUUGGGAUUUGCCAGUCCAGACCCUGAUCCACAGCCAGGUUUGCGGUGUAGAGGGAUGACUGGUGCAUGCACCAGCGACAGCGUCUGCCGUGCUGGGACCCACAGGGGCAGGAAAAUCCCUGAAAUUCAUCCGCAGCCCCUUUUUUUGACCCUUGUUCAAUGCUUAGGCAGCAGCACCAGCUGGGGGUUCCUCCUGGCUCCCCCUUUGCCAGCGAGCUCCGGGUGCCCUCCGUGGGACAUCACUACUCUGCAGAAACACCAAAUUGGAGGGAUUUGGGGUAAAUUGUGUAAAGAAACGCUUGAUGCUGUUCAGAAAGCAUGGGGACGGCACAGCUAGACCAGAGCUUCUCCAUUUCUUCUCCCCUCUGCGUUAUCCUGCAGCCAAAUCCAGACCAAAGCAUCCCAGCCAGAGCUGGAGCGAUGCCGGGAGGUGUGGUGGGGCUCAGCCUACGGAAAGCGGAGCUGAGGAGCAAGAGGGGGGACACAGAGGUGCCAUUUAUUUUGCAGGUGGCCAAGGCAGCCAUGCGGGUCCCGCGGGGGACGGGGUGGCCGUGCCCUUCGUGCCGGUGCAAUCGGCUGUCUGUCUGCAGGAACGAAAUCGUCCUUUCUGUGAAAGGAUCUUCCCAUCAGGGCGAUGGGAGAGCCAGUGACUGUAUUGCAGGAGAAAAACCCCAAGGAAAAUUAUUCCAAGCCCCCGCAGCCAAAUGCUUUUGUGCCAAUGAAGUUUGUUGUGUGCCUUUUGGGGUACGGCUGGGAAUGACAAUAAAGUGACAGUUGUUUGCA